UCAAAGUCAGUUUGUGAGUGGAUUUCGAACGGUUUGGUCGUGUACGUGCGGAGAUCCGAUUCCUAACGGUGUGCAGUGUGGUGCUAUCUCUGUCGUUCCAACGUGUUUCAUACGGAAGAGGAAAAUAUUUUCCAUAAGUCAGUGACUGGGUGGAAAAGAAAAAUUGCAGUGGUUUUUCGUUUGCCCCGAGGAGGCCCGUUCCAAGUGGAUGUUAUGCUGCAAAGGAUACCGUUCGCUGUUCAACGGAAUACGCAAGCUGUGAACGAUUGGAUGUCCUACUAGCACUUGGAGAACAAAUUUGUCCUCUGAAUAAAUUACAGCAGGAAGUAUGGUUUGAAGAAAAAAAAACCAAAGUUUUGUGUAAAAGUCCUGUAGGCAACCGCGUACGCUCACCGAAACGGAAUAAAUCAGAAAAGCACGUAAAUAAUAGCGACCGGCGAAAAAGUGUGUGAAAAUAGAAAAUCCAGCGAAAUAAAAUCAGUGCAAGUGCUUAGUGAGGUGUAUUUUGAACUUUCUCCUUGCAAAUCGCUGUGAAAAAGAGCCCGAACAAGGCUAAAGAGGAAGUAAAAAAAAAGAAUUCAAAUAAAUUGCUUUACUCUACUAUAGACAAUUAUCCUAUCGGCAACGGUGUUGGUUAGUUUGUGUGUGUGUGAGUGAUUGCGUACCCGAGGUUAAAUAAGACCGUGAGUGCAAAAAAUAAAAGUAACCCACAAACCACAGCCGGUUUAAUGUGUUUUAAGCAGAUAGCACAGGAGGGGAACCAACAACAGUACUAGUAACCGCCUGGUCGUCACUUGUAGUCUCCGGCGGGCCUUGUUAUUGAACCUAAACCGCUACAAAGACUGUUAGCUACCCGAAGACGACAACGGCACAACUCGGUGGACGAACCGUGCACCGCACCCAGCUUCAUUCGAGAUGGGUGACGUUGAUCCAGAAACACUACUAGAAUGGCUUUCGAUGGGCCAGGGCGACGAGCGGGACAUGCAGCUGAUCGCCCUGGAACAGCUCUGCAUGUUGCUGCUCAUGUCCGACAACGUGGAUCGGUGUUUCGAAAGCUGUCCCCCACGGACGUUCCUGCCUGCGCUAUGCAAAAUCUUUCUGGACGAGCUGGCGCCGGAAAAUGUGCUGGAAGUGACAGCCCGUGCCAUUACCUACUACCUGGACGUGUCAUCCGAGUGCACACGGCGCAUCGUUGCGAUCGAUGGUGCUAUCAAGGCGAUCUGCAACCGGCUGGUGGUGGCGGACCUUGAAAGUCGAACUAGUCGUGAUCUGGCGGAACAGUGUAUUAAAGUGCUGGAACUGAUCUGUACUCGCGAAGCCGGUGCAGUGUUCGAGGGAGGCGGACUGAACUGUGUCCUUUCGUUUAUCCGUGAUAAUGGAUCCCAAAUUCACAAAGACACACUACACUCGGCGAUGGCCGUGGUGUCAAGGUUGUGUACCAAGGUUGAACCACAGGGUGUCAAUGUGCAGACGUGUGUUGAAAGUCUGAGCACGCUACUUCAACACGAAGAUCCGCUGGUGGCAGAUGGUGCACUCAAAUGUUUCGCUUCGGUAGCCGAUCGUUUUACUAGAAAGGGAGUGGAUCCUGCACCUUUGGCAGAGUACGGUCUAGUUACGGAACUUUUAAAUCGCUUAAGCAAUGCUGCUGGAACACAAACCGCUACAGGUAAUGCGGGUUCAAGUUCUGCUCCUACCCCGGCUAGCCAGUCAAACAGUCAGGAUGCCGCACCAACACCACAGCUCUCAUCUUCAGCUCCAAAGUCACAAGGAGCGGCUGAAGCUGGACGCUCCAGCCAAUCCAUUGCUACCACUAUAUCGCUUUUGUCGACUUUAUGUCGAGGUUCGCCUUCAAUCACUCAUGAUUUGCUUAGGUCUAAUCUGCCGGAAGCAAUGGAGCGAGCUUUCAAAGGUGAUGAACGAUGCGUGUUGGAUUGUAUGAGGCUAGCGGAUCUCAUUCUGUUGUUACUGUUUGAAGGCCGACAAGCACUUGGUAGGGUAGGUGGAUCCAGUGGUCAGUUGGCACCGCGUGUGCGAAGAGCAGAUUCAAGUACUGAACGAACACAUCGACAGCUAAUCGAUUGCAUCAGAAGUAAGGACACGGAAGCACUCAUAGAAGCCAUCGAAUCGGGAGGAAUCGACGUCAACUGUAUGGACGACGUUGGACAAACUCUUCUGAACUGGGCUUCAGCUUUCGGUACUCUAGAAAUGGUAGAAUUCCUAUGUGAUAAAGGUGCUGACGUAAAUAAGGGCCAGCGAAGUUCCUCUCUGCAUUACGCAGCAUGCUUUGGCCGGCCAGGUAUUGCCAAAGUGCUACUCAAACACGGCGCAAACCCAGAUCUACGUGACGAAGAUGGUAAAACACCACUGGAUAAGGCACGGGAACGACCGGACGAAGGUCAUCGCGAAGUUGCAACAAUCCUGCAGUCCCCCGGUGAGUGGAUGACUGCCGCUACGAGGUCAGAUUUGAAGAGUGAUGCAGAAGAUGGUGAUAGCGAACCGCGAGGUGAUCCAGAGAUGGCUCCAGUGUAUCUCAAGUUCUUUCUCCCCAUAUUCUGUAAGACGUUCCAAAGCACAAUGCUAGCCAGCGUUCGGCGAUCUAGUUUAGGUCUGAUUAAGAAAAUGAUACAAUACGUCCAACCGGAGAUGCUUUCGAGGCUCUGCUCUUCCGAGGGUCUUCAAAGCCACGAACAGAAUCUCGGAACGCUACUAGUCGAAGUAGUCGCCAGUGUCUUGGACAAUGAGAUUAGCUACAGCUGGCCAUCGCAGCCAACACCGUCUCUACUGCCCUUAACCGUUCCUCCUCCUCCAAACACUAGUAGCAAUAGCAUUCUAGCCAAGUUCAGUUGUGCGAACAAAGUGAGCAAAUAUGUCCAGAAUUUGAGGCUGCAACAGCAGCAGCAGCAGCAACAACAGCCCAACCAGCAGCGUCGUAACUCUAGCUCUUACAUAAUACCUCCACCACCGCCAAUGUUACCAUUGACCUCGUCUCCAGUGGCGGCCCAUGCACCGGCGCUUUCGUCAUUGUCCGGCGGUGAAAUCUGCCAUCACCAUCACUGUCGGGAUAUCGGCAAAAGCAAUAACAACGCCGCCAAAAGUUGUGCUCAAAGCAAUUGGUCUGACCUUAGCAUUGCGGACGAUGAAGAUGGUCACUUGGUGGUACUAACCAUCAUCGAGGAGUUGAUGUCGAAGACACAGAACGAUUUCCUCGAUCACUUUGCCCGGCUUGGGGUGUUCUCCAAGGUACAAGCCUUGAUGGGAGAUCCUAGCUUCGGUGGUGAGGGAGAUAACACCGACGUGAUUAAAUCAGAAGACUCGAAAUCAUCCACACAGGACCAGUCGCCGGUUCCGGCCGUUCCGACCAACAACUUGGUCGUAGCUGUGGCGACCAGUACAGUGGAAGAUGCCAAAGAAAUUCUCCCAGGCAAGGCGUAUCAUUGGCGGGAUUGGAGUAUUUGUCGUGGACGGGACUGUCUGUAUGUGUGGUCCGAUUCAGCCGCAUUGGAGCUAUCGAAUGGGUCCAACGGUUGGUUCCGGUUCAUAUUGGAUGGUAAAUUGGCUACGAUGUACUCCAGCGGCAGUCCGGAGAAUGGAAGCGACAGUUCAGGCAAGGGUAGGAGUGCGGAUUCCUUAGCCGGCGAAGAGAAUCGCGGUGAAUUUUUGGAGAAGCUACAGCGAGCCCGCGGUGCCGUCCGUCAGGGGACCGUGUCGCAACCGAUUCUGUCGACUCCAAGCCUUUCGCGGAUUGUUGUUGGCAAUUGGGUACUGCAGAGUCAGAAGGAACAUCAGCUACAUAUCAACAACUCGGAAGGGCACCAGGUUACGAUUCUGCAGGACGAACUACCAGGAUUCAUCUUCGAGAGUAAUCGUGGUACGAAGCACACCUUUACGGCGGAAACUACACUCGGACCGGACUUUGCGGCCGGUUGGAUCAAUACCAAGAAGAAGAAAAUGCGUUCGAAGGCCGAAGCACAGAAAUAUCAAGUGAAAAAUAUUGCCCGGGAUUUGUACAAUCGCUACUUCAAAGCAGCUCAGGCAGUCCCCCGAGGAGCGGUUGCAAAACUGUGCACGAUUGUUCGGCAAAUCGAAUGCGGUCUGGAGGAGCAGUGCGCUCCGCGAUCAACCACACUGUAUGCUCGAAUUCAACAGCAGCAGUCAGGUACCACCUGGCAGGAGAAGCUGUAUAACGCGCUGAACGAUCUGGUGCAACUGCUCAACGAGGAUGGUGUUAUAAGUGCGUAUGAAAUGCACAGUUCCGGUUUAGUUCAAGCACUGGUAGCAGUUCUUUCGAAAAACUAUUGGGAGCUGGGAAUGAAUCGAAGCCGGGCUAACAAGUAUCAGAAACAACGAAUAUCUAUCUUUAAAAAGUGCAUGUAUGGUGACACGAAGAAUGGCAAAAACACGGCCAGCAUUCUCGUUCAGAAGCUAGUUUCUGUUCUGGAGAGUAUCGAAAAAUUGCCAGUUCACAUGUACGAUUCCCCGGGAGGAAGUUACGGUUUGCAAAUACUAACUAAAAGACUUAGUUUUCGAUUGGAGCGAGCAGCGUGCGAACAAACUCUCUUCGAUAGAACCGGUAGAAACCUGAAGAUGGAACCACUGGCAACUGUUGGACAGCUGAAUAAGUACCUAUUGAAGAUGGUUGCAAAGCAGUGGUACGAUAUGGAUCGAACUUCGUUCCUGUAUCUGAAGAAGCUUAAAGAUGCGAAGGGUGGAAGUAUGCAGUUUAAACAUCAGCACGAUUUUGAUGAGAACGGUAUCGUUUACUACAUUGGAACUAAUGGGAAAUCUACGGAAUGGGUAAAUCCAGCCCAGUACGGAUUAGUCACGGUCACCAGCAGCGAGGGUAAGCAGCUACCCUACGGCAAGUUGGAGGACAUUCUGUCACGAGACAGUGUGAGCGUAAAUUGUCACACUAAGGACAACAAAAAGUCUUGGUUUGCAAUCGAUUUAGGAAUGUUUGUCAUUCCGACGGCCUACACAUUGCGCCAUGCUAGAGGUUACGGUCGAUCGGCCCUGAGAAAUUGGAUGUUCCAAAUGUCCAAGGAUGGAACUAGUUGGGUGACCAUGCUGACACAUACGGAUGAUAAGAGUCUUGCCGAACCGGGAAGUACCUGCACGUGGCCUAUUGAAUGCUCAUCGGAUGAACAGCAAGGCUUCCGUCAUGCUCGUAUUCAUCAGAACGGUAGAAAUGCAUCCGGUCAGACACAUUAUUUGAGUUUGAGUGGUUUUGAGAUCUACGGAAAGGUUGUUUCCGUUUGCGACGAUAUGGGCAAAGCAGCUGCCAAAGAAAACGAAGCGAAGCUCCGGAAAGAACGACGUCAAAUUCGUGCCCAACUGAAGUACAUAACGCAGGGAGCUCGAGUUGUUCGAGGGGUUGAUUGGCAUUGGGACGAUCAGGAUGGAAGCCCUUCCGGAGAAGGGACUGUUACUGGCGAAAUUCAUAAUGGUUGGAUCGAUGUGAAAUGGGAUCAUGGUUUGCGAAAUUCUUACCGUAUGGGAGCUGAGGGCAAAUAUGAUCUUAAACUAGCCAAUAGCGAUAAUCUUGGAGCACCGUAUGAUAUCAGUAACCCCGGGAGUGGAUUGGUUCCGUUAAGUUCAACGACUGUUUCCUCGACUAAGAAGGCUUACGACAAGUCACUGAAUGUUCUAACUAGUCGUAAAUCUAGCUCCACGCCUAGUCUACCGGAAGCAACGGAAAACAAAACCUCCGUUGCUUCGACGGAACAAGCUACAUCGGUGGAUAACCUUGCUUGGAAACAGGCAGUCGAGGUUAUUGCCGAAAAUGUCCUCUCUUGUGCUCGUUCGGAUCUGGCCAAUACCGGUGGAGGAAGUAGCAGUAAUGACCUUUCCGCACCAGGAAUCAAUAACAACAACCUAAAUAAUCAGGAGGUUUCAGUCAUUGUCCAUUCGCUAGGAGAACGUGGAAAUAUUCCCGAUCUAUCACAAAUCAAUAAUAGCACAUCGACUCUAGUCUCGGACCUGGCUACAAUCACAGAAAAUUUGACUCUAUCCGACAACAUCAAAAAUAACAUCGGAGCUGGAGGUGGACCGCAGUUCGUAAGCAAUUUCAGUACCCAACUUGCCGCUAGUUCCUCUUCUUCUUCAUCAGAGGAAAACAAUAAAACCAACAACAUCAACGAAACGAACAAUAAAAUUAAUCUAAACAAUAGCAGUAGCAGUGGUUCUGGCAAAACGGCCUACCUUCCGACAAAAUUGGAUGUUUUGGACAAGAUGCGAGAGGGAGUCGAUAUGCUUCGAAACAACACCAAUAAUUUACUUUCUUCGGAACUGCUGACCCAAUCGAAUCUACUGUCAUCGGUCAAAAUAGCUCUACCAACGCCGCAGCCACAGGCUAUCCAGCAUCCAGGGAAUAUCGGUCCCACUGGCACGAUAUUUGUGGCAAGCACGAGCACCAGCAGCUCCAGCACCAUUCCCACUGACAAAACAACCGGCGAUGUCAAAUUCAACAAUACCAUUAACAACAAUGCCAUGUCCGGAGGUGUUACCAAGAAGGUCUUGAACGACGUGAAACAGCUUGAAACGGAUGAUCGUGAUGUUGCCAACAAUUUGCGAAACAACAUCAUCGUGGUGGAUUCAGAGGCUGGCACCUCAAAGGAAACUACUCCGAACCUCGAGUCCCCGUCCGUUGUCGUUGUUAAUCCAAUGAGCGUAAGCGUUCCAAAUUUAACGAGCAACGAAAACAACACUCCACAAGAAUCGCAGACUCCUCCGGGACUGCUUGAAACAUUUGCUGCUAUCGCACGCAGACGAACGUCCGGAAGUUCAGGUUCUCAUAAUCAUCACAAUCAGCAAUCCGCAUCUGGUACAUCGGGCGGAAGUAGCAGCUCAAAUCAAACCCAACAACCAAACAACCAGUUGAGCAGUGUUGUUUCAAAUAUUCAAGGCAGCACUGCAUUCUUCCCUAGAGGGCCCAACUCGGUUACCAGCCUAGUCAAGCUGGCUUUAUCCAGUAACUUUCACAGUGGACUGCUCAGUACCGCACAAAGCUAUCCAAGCCUGUCCAGUUCGUCCAACAACGCUAAUCUGUCGGUUGGCAGUGGAACUACGGCUGCGAUUGGUAACAAUAAUUCAAACUCCGGGACAGGUUCUAACGUUAGUGGAGCUCAGACUGGCACAGGGCAAUCCGUCUUGAAUCCGGCUCUGACUAUGAGCCUAACAUCGACAAGCAGCGAUAGCGAACAGGUUUCCUUGGAAGACUUCCUCGAACAGUGUCGCGCUCCAACCUUGCUCGGAGAUUUAGAAGACGAUGAAGAUAUGGAGGAUGAAAACGAUGACGAUGAGAAUGAGGAUGAGUACGAGGAAGUUGGAAACACCUUGUUGCAAGUCAUGGUUUCGCGAAAUCUUCUUUCCUUCAUGGAUGAGGAAACACUGGAAAAUCGAUUGGCAGCUGCCGGUAAACGGAAAUCGUGGGAUGAUGAGUUUGUGUUGAAGCGACAGUUUUCAGCGUUGAUUCCGGCUUUUGAUCCCCGCCCUGGCAGGACCAAUGUAAACCAAACUAGUGAUCUUGAUAUUCCGACUCCAGGUGUUUCCACCGAAAGCUGCAAUUCCAGCGGCCAGUCCGAGCAUGCUCCAUUGCCGCAACCAUCUCUUGCGCUGCUGCUUCGUGGACCAAACAUCAACGGUGUAACUGAUGUAGAAAUACCACUCACUCAACCCGACUGGACCAUUUUCCGUGCCGUACAGGAGUUGAUCCUUCAAACCAACAUGACUAAGCAGGAUAAAUUCCGCAAAAUAUGGCAACCGACUUAUACCAUCGUUUACCGAGAGGCCAGUAACAGCUCUUCAUGUCGCGAAGAUUUUAGUAGCGGCGAAGAAGGCCGCACAACUCCAGUGGUUUCAAUGUUCUCCCUGCGAAGCGGUGGUUCCACGCUUUCACCAAGUUCGCCUAUCCCGGGAACGCCUUCCAAUCCCUCCGGUAGUCAUUGCUCUGUAGAAGAUGUUCUGCAGCUUCUUGGUCAGCUAAGCGCCAUCAACCAAACGCUGGCUUCGUCUCCAUCCAAUAAUGACAAGAAUCUCAUUGCGGACGUUGAAAGUAAUAACCUGAACGCUGAAAUCUUCAUGAGCAAAAAGAUCACAAAUAAAUUGCAACAGCAAAUCCAGGACCCAUUGGUGUUGGCCAGCGGAAGCCUUCCCAAAUGGUGCGAGGACUUUAAUCAGAGCUGUCCAUUCCUGUUCCCGUUCGAGACGCGCCAGCUGUACUUCAAUUGUACCGCAUUCGGAGCCUCCAGGAGUAUCGUAUGGCUACAGUCCCAACGGGAUGUGAAUCUAGAACGACAGCGAGCACCGGGUCUUAGUCCGAGACAUGCCGAGCAGCACGAGUUCCGUGUUGGCAGGUUGAAGCACGAGCGUGUUAAGGUACCACGAGGCGAAAAUCUUCUGGAAUGGGCUCAGCAGGUGAUGAAGAGUCACUGCAAUCGCAAAUCCGUACUCGAAGUAGAGUUUGUAGGCGAGGAAGGUACCGGUCUGGGUCCAACUUUAGAGUUCUACGCUCUGGUUGCGGCUGAGCUACAGCGAAGUGACCUAGGUAUGUGGCUGUGCGACGACGAACCGAAGCUAAUCGAGGAUGAGAUCGACCUGGGCGAAGGUAGUAAACCUAUUGGAUACUACGUGAGACGAUCAACGGGUCUCUUCCCGGCCCCACUUCCACAGGAGUCUGAGAUUUGUGAUUUCGUGUCCAACUACUUCUGGUUCCUAGGUGUAUUUCUAGCUAAGGUGCUUCAAGACGGACGUCUGGUCGAUCUUCCGCUGUCGAACAGUUUCUUACAGUUGCUAUGUCACAACAGAUCGAUCGCCCGGGAUACGCUGAGUGGAGUACCAUGUAAAUCUGGCCUAAAUGAUGAUAUAAUGAUUUCAUCGCUUAUGUCGGAGGAUAGUGACCGUGAUUUGGUGGAUUCCUAUCAGUCCAAACUGGCCAACGAUGGUUGCUGGUACGAUGGAAUCCUAUCACAAGAAAACCUUCAGGAAAUCGAUCCUAUUCGGUAUGAAUUUUUGAAAGAACUCCAGGAACUAGUACAGCAAAAGCAAAAUAUUGAACAAAAUGAUGAUCUCAGCUCGGAGGAGAAACUACUCCAGAUCAGUGAGUUGAAAUUCAACACCAAAACCGGAAGCGUGGCACUUGAGGAUCUAGCUCUCACUUUCACCUACCUGCCCAGCUCGAAGAACUACGGCUACCAAUCGGGAGAUCUGAUCCCCAACGGCUCUAAUAUAGACGUUACGAUCAACAACGUAGAGGAAUAUUGUAAUUUGACAAUAAACUUCUGCCUCCAGGAGGGCAUUUCCAAACAGUUGGCCGCAUUCCACCGAGGUUUUUGUGAAGUGUUUCCACUGAGCAAACUUGCCGCGUUCACACCAGAGGAAAUACGUAAGAUGCUUUGUGGAGAGCAGAAUCCUGAAUGGACCAGGGAGGAUAUUAUGACCUACACGGAACCGAAGUUAGGCUACACCAAGGAAAGUCCCGGAUUUUUGCGCUUCGUUAACGUCCUAAUGGGAAUGAGUGCCAGCGAAAGGAAAGCAUUUUUGCAGUUCACUACCGGCUGCAGCAGUCUACCGCCAGGCGGUUUAGCCAAUUUACAUCCCCGCCUUACGGUGGUCCGAAAAGUGGACGCCGGGGAAGGUUCCUACCCAUCUGUCAACACCUGCGUCCAUUAUUUGAAGCUGCCGGAUUAUCCAAACGAAGAAAUUUUACGGGAGCGGUUACUAACCGCUACAAAGGAAAAAGGAUUCCAUCUGAAUUAAAAAAAAACGCCUUCCAAUGUCGAAGGUGGCUGAUUGAUUGUGGUAAAAAUCAACCUUAUAAAAAUUUAGAACGACCUCUCUUUCUUGAAACUAGAUAUACUGAAUUGAUAUCCUACUUCGUAAACAAAAAUAUUACUAGUGAAAAUCAAAAAUAUAUAUUUUUAGAUAAUGAGCUCACUCUGAGAAAGAAAAUUAUCACCUUUAAACAAAAUUAAAGAGAAAAAAAACAAUAAAUAUAACAAAAAUGACAUGUUGACGAUUACUUAAAGUUAUCGAUUUGUUGUGGUUUUAAGUUUUAAAACGCUAAAAAAUUAUUGCAAUUCCUUUUAAAGAAGCGUACACAGUAAGUUAAUGAUGAAGCGAAAAUGAGGAAAAGGAAAUUAAACGAACAGAGUUUAGAUUACUAAUAACCCCACACUAAGUUUGCUGUGAAUACAACCAACUAGAGUUAAUUUGAGAAAUAAAAAAAAACGAGACAACGUUCUAAGUAGAAGUCAUGUUAAUCCUACCAUUUAUAUUGUAAAUAUUAUCCUACACACGCAGCUGGAAACAUAAAGUGAUGAAUUUUCAAUUGUAGACCAAGUCAAACGCCGAUUACAAACCUACUAAAAGUGAAUGGCAUAAGUUCGUUUCAGAUUCACAAAAGCAUUAUUUUUAGGCAAAUUUUCGCUAUUCACCAAUGAAAAUAUGAAUAAUACGACGACAAACAAAAAACAGAUUAAAUGAUAUGUUGGCACUGAAGGUUUACAACACAUUGAUGACACAAUAGGCAAAUGCAGAAGGAAAGAUUUAACUACGAUCUAUUAUGCUUACUCCGGGAAAACUUGAACAAAGUGCUAUCUGUUAGAUCCAUAUGUCCACGUAUUGCUACCGGAAAAAACACAUAUUUCAAUGAAUCGUGAAAUAUAUGCAUUCAAAUGAGUAAUAUUCAAAUGUUCA